UUUACGUGUUCCCGUUUUAUUGCUUUGCUCGUCGUUUUAGUCACAUCUCGCUCUAGCACCGUACUGAGAGCUCGAGAGCAGCUUCGUUACUCGUGUGUAUGUAUGCGUUUCCACCUUAUUGCGAAGAGGAGGCCGCUCUCUUUGAGGAAAGGCCGCGCUUUCCACUCAACAGUCCGUUGUCCGUGUGGUGUGUAUUUAUGGUGAAAAAACUAUAAAAUUACUAAACGAAUCAGCACAUAAUUCAGCAAAACAGUGGUACACUCUAUGUGUGUACAGAAGUGUCGUAAAUAAAUCCAACAAGCCGUGCCGCCAUUACCGCGAGGGCUUUGCUGAUCGAAAACUGGUAGCAUCUUUUGUGUGUUAUCCUUGUUGCUUGUAUCAAGUGUUCGCUCGUGUGUUUUGUGUCAACAGAUUAGAUCCUAAGUGUGUGACCAGCUAUCUUUGUAAACAAAAAUAAGCAUUGAAAAGUUUGAUCCACCCAACCCGCAGAAAGCCAGCUAACGCAGAAAACGAUGUCGCUGCACGUUUCAAAUCAGUCGACCGGGCGCCGCACGCCGCAAGUCUACCAGGGAGGAUUCGGUGGUACGGCCGCGACGGUUGGAGGAGCCAAUAAUGCAACGAACGGUGCCGGAACCGGUCGUCCAACGAAGGCGAAGCAAUCACUCAUUCCGGUCGCUGUGGAUCCAGGCACGGGCGUUGCACCAUCGAUGGCUUUGAUAAAUUCAGGCGGAAACAGCAACAACCCAUCCACACCAUCGAAUGAAAUGCGAUAUCAGCCUGACCAUCUGUACGUCGUUGGUGCCAAACAGCAACAGCCCGAAUCGAAUGGCAAGGAAUCUAAGAAGGCCACCAACGGAAACAACAAUACGAGCUUUGCGUCUGCCUCGUCCAAUGUUCCGGUCGACAAAUCUGUUUUGGCGAAAGCGAGCAACGAAAAGGAUAAGGAUGCCACUUCCACCAAAGUUGGUACGGCGGCUCCAACCGAGAGUGUUGCUAAGGUACGCGACAGUCCUCGCUCAAGAUCGUCCCAACAGAAGCAACUGGCAGAGGAAUCGGUUGGUGGUGCUGCUCCUAAAACAACAGAGCAACAGAAGCAAUUACCAGCCGUCUCAACGCCGAAACAGCAGCAACCGGCAGGAAAGCCGUCGGUUGUAGAAACUUCUCUGUUGAAAGAGAAACCGCUUAAAGGGUUCGCUGCCGAUGGUUCCGAGAUGGAAUCGUUGCUGCUUGAGCCGUGGGACUACGAGGAUUCACCAAUGCCGCCAUCAGUCAAGAAGACAAAACUGUUGCGCUACAGCGGUGGCGGAAUGGCGCUGCACACUUCUUUGAACAAAGGAUCGGGCGGUGAUGGUGGGGACGUCAAGCUGGAUCCGGUGAUGGAACAGAAAACACCGGUGACCGAUUCGCUGGAACAGAAGCAACAGCAACAGGAAAUUGGGAAACCAACGGCCAGUGAGCAGUCUAGUGCCCCAUCCACUCCAACCACCGGCGAGGAAGCCCUGAUCAAUCGUCCUCUACGCUCCAUUACGGGUCGUCGGUCAACUCGUCCCAUCAGCAACAUUAUGCUCACUCACCGUCGAUCGGCAGAACAGAUGAACGAUUCUGUCUCGAGCUUGAACGUCACAGUUGGUUCGGACAUUCACAACGACAGUCUGCGCACGCCUGUUUCCUCUUCCCGUAAGCGCAAGGAUAUAACCCCGGAGUCGACUUCCGAUGGUCCGAUGGAGGGACUAGAGAGUCCGAAGCGGGCACGCUUGGACUUCAGCGGUUUCCUCGGCCUUGUUGCCAGCCCCGUGACGAUGCUCAAGAAUCGUCUAUCACGCGUGAAGCUUUACUCGUCCAGUACUCCAGUUGCCGGAAACGAACAAGGACUGGCCAUCGAAGAGGAGAACCCGUCCAAAGUGGUCUCGGCGGAAGCUACCACCACCACAACCGUACCGGCCCCAGGCACCAACCCGGAAGACGGUAGCAGCAAGAUAAUGGAAGUCGACGUCGGUGAAGAAGCUAAAGAAAAGAAAGACACUGUAUCGACAGAAAAAUCCACCGAUGAUGAAGAUCCGGCCACCGCCGACACGAAGGACGACGAGAUACACGUGACAUACAAAGAGAAACCGAAUCAGUGGUGCAGUGUGAUGUAAACGAGCAUGACAUUCUGCGGUUCUUCCGAUGUUUUUUUUUCGGCAGGCAAUGCAUUAAUCCUGUUUUAAUUGAUUUUAAUUUCCUUUCCUUCAUGGCAAACGUACUGAUCGUUUCCUUCACUGUAGGCGAAAAUUCACAUGUAAUGAAACUUCGUGCUUUCUGAUUCUAGUUUGAAUAUUCCUCUUCGGUUUUUCUGUCUUUCAUUUACGUAGUGAUAUGUAUUCAAACCUGCCGUUAAUGUUCACUUUCCUAAUGCCAAAGGACCUUUGGCACCUUGCUCAUGGGAAAGUUUUUUUUUUGUCAAACAUGUCCAUGAACUAAGAAACAGGAAGAGGCCAUUUGUUGUUCGGCCUUUAUCAUCCUUAGGUUUAGGUCUUACAGAUACUCGUAUCGAAAAUAAUAAAUAUUGUAACAGCAACGACAUUGUGUUGGCGGACUUCAGAACACGUAACAGCUUAGCCAACAUCAGCUCUUGACGGGGUGGAUUCGUCGAUGCAUCUGUAGUACUCAACCUGGAUCCGAAACGAAUCAUUUAUGUAGUACGGCAGCGUGGCUCGCUCACUCGAUACAGGAGAAACCGAACUUGUGUUCUCCCCCAUAAAAGGUAGUAAAAUGUGGGGCGGCAAGGAAACAUAGAAUAUCGAAGAAAGAUUUAGAUGACAUCAAUCAAUUAUGGUUUUAAUGGAAUGGUUGGAAAUAAGUUGUAAUUGUACAACCGGCGAUAUACAACAUGUCGUGAUUCUUGCAAUCAUUUAUAAGUAGAAUUACUAGCUAUGAAUAGAAAACACACACGUUGUAGAAUGGAUUUCUUGAAUUUGUUGUAUUUCGCACAAACCUGAACAAUGAAAAAAUAAAACAAACGACCCAU